UUUUUUUUUUUUUUUUGGUUUUUCUGUCUGCCUUUUUUUUAUUAUUAUUAACUAUUUAUUCCCCUACUCCCAAAAAAUGAAAGCUUGCGUUAGUGUUGAUUAUUUAUCGCAUGAAUGGUCAUGUAGUGAUUUAAUCCAAGCACAUCGAGAACUUCGUCGGCAGAAAUCCAAAACGGCAUUUGCUAUGAUGAACAAACCACUGACACGGAAAGAACAGAAAAAAUUCUCCAUGGAAACCGUUCGACAAGUUCGAUACCAAAAUGCAAUCUGGAGAGAAAUGGCACGAUCCUGCACAAACAAUCUCAGUGGCUCCAAUCCAAUGAUACAUCCAUCAGCCGUGAAUUGGCAAAAAGAGUCUGAUAUUACAUGGCUCUACGGACCUUUGUAUAUGCCACCUGAAUCAUCAUCUGAUUUAAAUACCCAUCCAUCAUUAUCAUUUUUAUCACCCACCCUCAUUCCACCUUGUACAAAGAAACCACUCUCACUCAAACCCGUCUUAAAAAAGCGUGCACCCACCAGCGUCAUGCUGCAAAGAGACUAUUGGAUCACCAACGAUCGUUAUUGGUCGAAAUGUGUUUCCGAAUCAGGCAAACAAAGUGUACGAUUUAAUCCCAAUAUCACCCAAGUGAAAUACCUACCAGAAACUCCCGUCAAGGAAUCCUUGCAUAAAUCCUCAUACUUUGAUCUCGAUUCAGAUAACGAAGAAGAGGACGAAGAUGAAGAUGAAGAGAUAUGGAAGGUGUUACUUCAGGUGGGUUCCUAUCUCAAGAGCGUCUUAUUCAUAUCCCUCUUUGGACCUCCACAGAAAAAGAAGGAGCAAGAGGCACAAAUGGUGAAGACAGUACCGCCCAAAAAUAAUAUGAAAGUGCUUGUGCAAUUAUGUGCUUCUGCAAUGUCAUUUACCGCCUGGAUCAUGUACGGAUCAUUUUCUACGCUUCUGAAUCGUACCCCUUUUGCAUCCAUUCGACAAACAACAACAAAAAAGACGUCCUUGUCCGAUCGAAGAGUCAUUGCUGUCUAAUCACUUGUGAAUACCCUUUAUAUAUAUAUAAAAAAAUCGUGUGAAAUAGAUUUCAUCCUUCCCCUCCUUUUCUAUAAUGUAUACAUUUUAAUAUCCUAUAAAUCAUUUUUUUUUUCAUAUCUAUAUAUUUUAUCUAUCCGUGCUUAUCAAGGGAGGAAGAUGUAAUUAAAAUUAUUACAUGCAGUGGGAAAAAAAAAAGUUACGCAAGUUUAUCUUCAAGGGGGUUAUGAUAACCCUAAUUUAGGGUGCGAACGAUAAAUCUUGUCACUUUGGGAAAUUUAAAUUUCUGUAACUGAAAAAGAAAUCUUGU